UUUAACCUCUUCCCCCCCAUGUAUACUUCUCAGCAUACUCAACAAGGAAGGAAAUUUUCACUCUUGAAAAGGGGAAAUUUAAACGUCGGCCAUAUUGGAUCCGCUAGAGGAGGGUACAGAAACAUUAGCUUUUUAAAUCUAGAAACAUCCCUGAUCUAGGUUUCUUUAAACCGCAAGACAUUGGCAACCCUGUUGUGUAUGCAAGUGUGUGGUGGAAUACGUCCCUUUCCAGUGUAAGAAGAGAGAUUUGCAACAACUAAACCAUCAUCAUCAUUGAAAAGACUCAUCACUUCAUCAGCUUGUACAGAUCUUAGUCAUACGUCAUCUUCAUUUCACUCAUUACUCAUCGUUAUUAUCAUAUAUACAAUUCACCCAGCCACAGGCGCCCUCUACAGUUGAGAUGGCGGCUCAGGUGGAACAGAAUUCGACCAACCACGUGGCCCAGAAUAAAGUAGGGGCGGGAGAGAAGAUCACUAUGGGGGAGUCUGUUACAGAAUGGAAAAAACAGCUUCACCUCCCCCCAAAAGACAAAAGAGUCAAAACUACAGAUGUGACAAAUACAAAAGGCAAUGAAUUUGAGGACUUCUGCCUUAAACGAGAUCUCUUGAUGGGUAUAUAUGAGAAAGGCUGGGAGACGCCCUCCCCCAUCCAGGAAGCUAGCAUCCCCAUCGCAUUGACAGGUCGAGAUGUGCUAGCACGUGCCAAAAAUGGAACCGGUAAAACUGGGGCCUAUGCCAUUCCAAUCAUAGAAAGAGUAGACCCUAAUAAGAAUGAAAUUCAAGCCAUGAUCAUUGUACCUACAAGGGAGCUGGCUUUACAGACUAGUCAAAUAUGCAUAGAGUUGUCCAAGCACAUAGGCUGCAAGUGUAUGGUGACCACAGGGGGCACCAACCUACAGGAUGAUAUUAUGAGGCUCUAUGAACCUGUCCACAUUGUCAUAGCAACCCCUGGUAGAGUGUUAGAUCUGAUGAACAAAAAUAUUGUCAAAGCCAGCAAGUGUGGAAUAUUAGUAUUGGACGAGGCAGACAAGCUGCUGUCCCAGGACUUCAAGGGUAUGCUGGACAGCAUCAUUCACCACUUACCAAAUGACAGGCAGAUCUUACUUUAUUCUGCCACUUUCCCAGUGACGGUGGAAGCAUUUAUGAAGAAGCACUUGAACAGCCCUUAUGAGAUCAACUUGAUGGACGAACUGACCCUGAAAGGAGUGACACAAUAUUAUGCAUUUGUACAGGAAAGGCAGAAAGUCCAUUGCCUGAACACACUCUUUUCUAAGCUACAAAUCAACCAGAGUAUAAUAUUCUGCAACUCGACGCAGCGUGUAGAGCUUCUGGCCAAGAAAAUCACUGAGCUCGGCUACUCCUGUUUCUAUAUUCAUGCCAGGAUGAACCAGCAGCACAGAAACAGGGUGUUCCAUGACUUCAGGGCUGGACACUGCAGGCAUCUGGUCUGUUCUGACUUGUUCACCAGAGGUAUUGACAUUCAAGCCGUAAACUGUGUCAUCAACUUUGACUUCCCCAAGCACGCAGAGACAUACCUGCAUCGUAUUGGCAGGUCUGGAAGAUACGGCCAUCUUGGCAUCGCUAUCAAUCUUAUAACUUACGAAGACAGAUUCGCCCUUCAUAAGAUAGAACAGGAGCUGGGCACUGAAAUCAAACCUAUCCCCAAGGUGAUUGACAAGGCUUUGUACGUGGCCGAGUAUGGCAGUGAACCCGAUCCUGACAAUGAGGAGGAGCUGAAGAAGAAAGAGACCAAAUAAACCACUCAGGGAAACAACCAUUGCGUUGGGUGAGACACAGGAGCUGUCUCAUCUAGCGCAAUAUUGUCAGCUGUGUGUGACUUGACUUGCCAGUAUUUCAUUAAUAAUAAAAGACAACACAGGAUAUUCAAGUGUCCUUGGAUUGGUAGGGUGUUACUCAUUGACAAAUACACUUUGCGUGAGUCUGGAUGUGUUUUCAUGCCAUGAUCUUCCUCUGCUACACUUUUUUUUUGACCUGGUUUCAAUACAUGAUGAGUUCACAAGUGCACUUUAAGUUGUCAAGCCAAGAUGAGGAUGACGGGAACCUGUAAAAGUUCAUGAUUUGAUAUUUGCUGAAGGAACAAGUGAGAUUUUAAGUUUUUUCUACAGAGACGUUCUUUGAAACUUACACAUUUAAGAAAUCAAAAAGAACAAGAUAAAAGAUUCGUUACUUAGCGGUGGUUAGUCAACAUUACACUUGUGUCCCUUAUUUUAUAUUUUUGACUUGAGUUUUAAGAAUAAUUUGCAGUGUGGCAGUUUGAAAGGAACUUAGGCACAUAGUGAUGGAAGUUUUAGUUGAUGAAAAGGAAAGUACAUUCAGUGUGUGGUCAAAAGUUUAAAAGAUGUCUGGUUUAUAAAGUGCCCUAUCCAGGUAUAAUGUGGACAGAACCAGUUGGAGAUAAUGAAUUUCAAGAAGAGAAAAAGAAUCUAGACUGAAGAAUUUAACAUUUUCCAGAUAUCUGUUGCAAAGAACUCUUUAAAAAUUGUGUCCGAGUCUUUGCCAGGCCAGGCUGAAGGAAGGGAUUGUUACAAGUGAAAAUUCUAGGAACAAGGAAGGCAUUGAUGCUGCAAUUCCAAGCUAUAGGAAAGGAAAAAAGUGCAGCAGACAGUCUCAAACCAUGAAAGUGAUGUUUGCACAAUUCCCAUUCAACCUCAGGACCCACUAAACACAUCAUUCAAGGGAAAGCAUGAGAUUAAGUUCAUUGUAACCUAGCCGUUAACUGGGGAAAAUGUGAAAUAUAUAAAGAAAGGCAGCAAAGGUCAGUGUAAUAACUGAGCACUAAAAAGAAACAUUUUUUGAGAUGCAAGUUGAAAAGAAAAGGAAUCAACUAGAAAAUGAAAAUGAAAUAGAAUGUGAAAAAUGCACUUUGAUGAAAAGAAAAUGUUUAUUCAAGAAAAAAAAAUUAGCAAAAGGAGUUGGAUGAAAGUACUGUCUGGAAGUUAACUGUCAAGGAAGUACUGGCAGCUUCUGAACAUUCCUAUGGGCAGGACACAAACUAUUCUAGUAUUUAUUAAAGCCCACUGGCAGAUCAAGUUGCACAUGGCUGAUAGAUGUGUAUUUUUUUGCUAUCGAUUCCAUUGUACAUAGUGUCAGCACUGCUCUGCACAUCUGGAUGCGGAGUGCUUUCAGAAUUGGAAAGUACUCAACUGAAAGCUCAGCAUCCCACACCCUCUACCUGCCCAGCGUGGUAGGUGAGAAAAGGAGAAAAGAAUUCAGAACUUCAACAUUAUCCAUUUAUGCAUGCAAUUCUGAAUGAUGGUCCAGAUAUUGGGGUUGGAUUUUUUUUUUUUUUUUUUUUUUUUUUUUUGGUGGGAGGGGGGUAUUCUAAUGAUUGCUUACAAUGAGUUGGCAAAUUUCCUGUGGUACACCUGGUAAUGAAACUGUGCUGUUUUAAGCCCAGUGCUGUUUGGCUCAUGUUGGUCCAAUGCUAGAAGAAAGCCAGUCACUCCCAUUUUAUGAUGAAAUAGAUACAACUAGGUCUAGCUGUGCAGAGAUCUUGGAAACUUCAUGGUUUGGGUCUUGUGCAUUAGUGCCAUUGGAGUUAGGUUACUUAGAUGCUGUUGAAAUAGAGAGGGCUUAAGAAUAGAACAAUUUUGACAAAUUGCAUAUCAUUGCUUUACUCAAUUUUUUCUAUCCAAAACUGCUUUGAGAACAUUGCACUGGUCUUGAAGAAAUUAUUUGGUAAUGUGAUAAUGGUUAGGCUCUGCAAACUGCAACAUUCGUCCUUUUAAAGGUCACCAUCCUGACAGUCAAACAGUAGUACAUGAAACUUUUUAUUAUUAUUAUUAUUUAUUUAUUAUAUUUUUCAAAAACAUUUUUGGAAUUCAUGGCUUUGACAAAAUGAGGAGCAUUCGCUUAAAUAGUGGUUUCAGCUCUUUGAGAAAACACUUGGCAUUUGAAUCAUAUUCUUUGCAGUCUGCUGAAAUUCUGAGACAUUUUUGAGCAAAAUUUUGAAUCGUCACUCAUAAGAUCUCGAAAUGAAAUCAAAUGUAUAUUCUAAAUGUUGAAUAGCUGGACCUUCUUCUCCCUUUUAUACUUAAUGUCUCAGAUGCUUUCAGUAUGUUGGUUUGGUGGACUUUUUAAGUUGUGUAGUUUAUUCGCUAACUGGACCCAGUUGUAGCCCAAGGUGGUGUUUUCAAUCCUAAAUAGCUGUUUAUAUGCACAAUGAUAAGUACUGUUAUACUUGCUUUCUGUAGCAGGAACCAAGAAAUGUAUUAAGAUGAAUUUGUUGGUUGUACUCGCGUGUUAUCAAGCUAGGACAACAGAUCUAUAUAAAUUGAACCGUUUAUCAGAUGCACACUUAAAAUUAUUUCAUAGUCAAAAUGGAGACGUUGUAUAUUAUAUAUAAUGGAGAAUUACAAAUGCUUGUACAGAACUCCAAGCCGAAGUCUAUUUCUAUUUGCCCCCCCCCUAAAGGAGCCUCAUUUGGUAGCAAAGUCCAGGCAGCUUUAUAACAUAGUAAGAGAAUGUGAUGCUCUCAUAUGAGGCACCCUUGGGGUGAGAUGUAAAAAGCUGUCCCCCUGUUAUGUAGUGUCUGAUGUGGAUUGCAUGCGCAGGUGUCCGAUUAGUGACAAUAAUUUGAGAAGGGGCGUUGAUAACUAUGCAAUGAAUUAUGUCCUCUUGGUGACUCGCAAGGACAAGACCAAUCCAUACCAGGGACAACAUUCUGGAGGGAUUCAUUAUUAUAUCUGUUGUACAUAUUCUCAUUCGAGCUCCAUUCUGACGCCUUUUGGAUGAAGCUGUUAUUUAUAUCUCGCUGGCUGCUAAAAAUGCUUAAAAACAGAAUAAAAGAGUGAUGGAAGAGUCAGGAAACUAAGAACCCAAAUCCCUCCAUAUCUGCAUUUUCUUCAUCACAAAGAGGUGUCUGAAUGUUUUUGACUGUUGCAGUACAUGAUUCAAUUCUGGUGUCAACUGGAGUUGGCUGGUGUCCUUUGUGUAUACCACUCCCUGGUGGCAUUGGUAAACAGCACACAUCUGAUCUCAGUAAAGGGGUUGGAACUUAUCUAUCUCCGACUCACCAUUGUGUUGUGUUGUCAAUGCUGCCACCUGCUGUUAAGUGGUAUUACUGUCCUGCAGGUGACUUGCCUGUGCUGCCACCUUUUGGACAGGGUUUUGUAUUAAUUGCUAGGUGCUAGAAUGUGAAAUGAAGGAGAUUAGAAUUAUCAGGAAGUAUUAAAGAUUUUUAUGAGAAGAAAUUGGUUGCACAGAAGGCAGUUACUUUUUUUUCUUUAAUGAAAUAGUUUUACUGGUAAUGAGUCCAGUGAAGUUUCUGUUUAUGAAUUUAAGUUAAGUAAUUAUGCAGAAUAUCGGCAAUGUGCUGCCGAUUUAUUUGGUGCAAUGACUUCAUAAUGUGUUUGGGUCGGGAUUAGCUGAUGGCCAAAAUUAAUGAAGUUCAAUGCUAUAUUGGGAGAUUCUAGAGAAUACUUUGUCCCCAAAUAAAACCAUUUAGAUUAGCCAUCAGCUGCUGCCUGAUACUGAAGUAUGUAAAUUGGCAAGUAAUGUGCAUAAUAGCUGUAUACCAUGGGGUUGUUCUCUGUUCAGUUUUCAAUGUGUGACUACUGAUAGCAGGUACUGGUUUGGCAUAGGGUUGGGGGUAGGGAAGACGGACAGACUCUCUCUGCUGGUAAAUGCUAUAUGCAGGCCUUGUGAUAAGAGACUUGAUUUUAUCCAGUGAAGAGGAGUACAUAUCACAGGUCAAAUGUAAAAAUUAGGAACCCAGGAAGAGCUUGUUUCACACAUUCCAAGUUAAAGUGAUCUUAAUAUUAUUAUUAUGAAGGAUUUUUAUGAAUUACGAUAAUGAUCAGUUGCUUUGAGUUGUGAAUUCAUAGUUCAACCUGGGAGUCUAAUUUGUUUAAUUCAUGGCCCUCUAGUGCGACCAGGGCUCAUGGAAGCUAAAUAUUGCAGAAAGUCUUGGUCAUCUUGGUUACAAUAAUUAUGAACUGACCAUUGUUUAAAGUGGUUACCGCUGUGGUUGAUAAACCUUGCUCAUAAAUUAUUGUUUGUAAGUGACCUUCGAUUACUGCAUGGACUUGGGUGUUUAUCUUCCAUGGUUGUUAAGAAAAAAAAAAAAGUAUCGGGAGUAUUUUAUCUGAACUUCACUGUUAUCAUGUUAAUGAAAUGGAAGUGAAGUCAUUAGUGCUUCUAUUUUCAAUGCAGUCAGUUGUGGACAAAGGCAUUGACAGUAUCAUCAGUCUAAUUCGAAGAAGCAAAGUUCAGUUGACAUACUCUUCCCCAAGUCCGCCCCUAAAGAUGUCAUCCACUUCGUUUGGUUUGACAUUGCUGUAUGACACUUCUAACAUGGUGAGCAACUCUUUGGCAGAUACCCUGUGGCAACACGUCAGAGGGCGCUGGAGGUUGUGUGCAUGAUAGACGUUGAUUGUUUACUAGGUUAUUAUGGUCAGGACUUGAUGUUGUGGAUUGAAUAUCUGAGUAAUGUUUACAACACCAAUUUUGGACAACAUACAGAGGAGUUUGAUUUUAUCAUCAGAAUGGGCAGUAUUCUCCACAGCACAAGUUCUGAUCUCGAGGCUAUUUUUUUCUCUGAAAUGGUGCACAUUAUUAAGAAUUUUGGCAAUUAUUAAGGCAAAAAUGAUGGACUUUAUUAAGAAGUAUUUUGGAGUCAUUUGAAAAAAAUCUUGCAGUAAAUGUGUGAAACACAGCAAGACUGAUUUCAGUUAAGAAUUUAUUUUGUAUUUUCCAUGAAAACAAAUUAUGCAUUUGAAUAAAGAACAUGCCUCGUUAUGAUU